CCACGGGCGCGGGCAUUUCUCAGGGCGGCCGCGGUGCGCCCGGCGCCUUCCGCUACUAAGGGCCAGAGGACUCGGAGCUGCGGGGCGACCGCCGCCUGUCGCCGAGCAUGGAGCGGAGUUACCUGCUGGCAAUCCCUUCGCUUCUGGCUGCGUUCUCCCUGCUGCAGCGCUCCAGCUCCGCCGCCUCCUCCGUUGCCGCCGUCGCCGCCUCGGCCAAGGAGCUGUCGUGUCAGGAGAUCACCGUGCCCCUGUGCAAAGGCAUCGGCUACAACUACACCCACAUGCCCAACCAGUUUAACCACGACACGCAGGACGAGGCGGGGCUGGAGGUGCACCAGUUCUGGCCGCUGGUGGAGAUCCAGUGCUCGGCCGACCUGCGCUUCUUCCUCUGCAGCAUGUACACCCCUAUCUGCCUGGAGGACUACAAGAAGCCGCUGCCGCCCUGCCGCAGCGUGUGAGAGCGGGGCAUGGCCAGCUCCAUCUGCUGGCUCAUCCUCUCCCUCACCUGGUUCCUGGCCGCCGGCAUGAAGUGGGGCAACGAGGCCAUCGCCGGCUACGCGCAGUAUUUCCACCUGGCGGCCUGGCUGCUGCCUAGCGUCAAGUCCAUCGCCGUGCUGGCCCUCAGCUCCGUGGACGGCGACCCUGUGGCCGGCAUCUGCUACGUGGGCAACCAGAGCCUGGAGAACCUGCGGGGCUUCGUGCUGGCGCCGCUGCUCAUCUACCUGGCCAUCGGCUCCAUGUUCCUGCUGGCCGCCGCUGCCGCGGCGGGCGGACUGGGGGGAGGCGGCGGCGGCUCCAUGUACAGCGAUGUCAGCACUGGCUUAACGUGGAGAUCGGGCACCGCCAGCUCGGUGUCGUACCCCAAGCAGAUGCCCUUGUCUCAAGUGUGAGAGGGGGAGCGGCCAAGGGCAGGGAGCGUGGGGCGCUGACCUGUAUGAAAUGCUCCUUCGCUGUUUGGUGCCAUUAAUGAACCCCUAAUGGUCCCCAUUAGCUGCCGCUUGUGCAGAACAAUGCAGCCGGUAGAG